GCGUCAGGCGUGGGGCGUGCGGGCCGCCGGGCGGGCCCGGGCAGGAGCCGCCGCAGCAGCCGCAGCCGGGCGGCCGCGCUCGCCGAGCAGCGGGAGGGCCGCGCCGCUCACCUGUUGGCCGCCGCUGCCCUCCUUCCCCCGCCCGGCCGCCGCCAUGGCGGAGACCGAGGAGCGGAGCCUGGACGACUUCUUCGCCAAGCGGGACAAGAAGAAGAGGAAGGAGAAGAGCAGCCGAAGUGCCGCCGCCGCUGCCGCCUCCAGCGCUUCCAACGCCGGCUCCAGCGCGGCGGGCGCCGCCGCGGGGUCCCCGCGACCGACCGAGGGCGGCGGCUCCGGGGCCGCUGCCGCCUCCAGCGCUGCCGCUAGAAGUGGUGAAGAGGAUGAUUGGAAGGAGUUUGAGCAAAAGGAAGAAAUUGAUUAUAGUGGUCUUAGAGUUCAGUCCAUGCAAAUAAGUGAAAAAGAAGAUGAUGAAAGUGAAAAAAGAGAAGAACCCGGUGACAAUUGGGAAGAAACUGCUGGUGGUGGUGUAGACAGAUCAUCUGGUCCUUGGAACAAGUCAGCUCCUGCACCAGCCCCUGUCGUUGAACCAAUUGUUACAGAAACUCCAGAACCAGUGCAGACUGGUGGUGUGUACCGGCCGCCCGGUGCCAGGGAGAGCGGGCGGCCACGGAGAGCACAGCAAGGACCACCAGAGAUCUACAGUGACACGCAGUUCCCCUCACUGCAGUCCACCGCCAAGCUCGUAGACAGUCGAAAGGAUAAAGAAAUGGAGAAGAGCUUUGAAGUAGUAAAAUACAAAACUAGAGGUAGGGAUGAGGUCUCAAAAAACCAGGCACUUAAACUUCAGCUAGACAACCAGUAUGCUGUGCUUGGGGAUCAGUAGAGCUGCACACACAUUACAAUUAAGGAAUGCUUUUUUGGUAACCCUUCUACUAAGGUAACUAAACUACAGCUAACAGCUAUGAUGAACAUGCCACCUUAUUUCUUCUGGAUCUACUGCAUCGAGUGCAGACUACUUUGACGUAAGUGAUUGGUUCUCCUGCACUAUGGAAGCAUAAUAUGUUGCAACUUCUCCAUUGGAUAUGGGGCAGAUUAAUGUAAAUGAUUGAACAAGAGUCAUCAGUGUUCUUUAAUUGCUCAGAAAGAUACCUACAGCCAGUGGUCAUUUCAAAAUCUUUUUAUGUUCAGAUACUGAGCCUUCGUAAAGGUUGACUACCUCAGACUUGAUGCACUCAUUGUGGACACCAUGUGGAUCACAACUUCUGGAAGAGAAGGUUACAGCUGUUUUAGUGGCCAUCUGAAACUUGAAACCAGCUCUACUGGAUUCCUGUCAGAAAUCCUGCAGAAGUCAGCCAUCUGGUUCCAAUUUGCUAUAACAAAGAUUUAAGUGACCUUAAUGACAAACCUGUACGUUCCCCUUCUGAGGAAUCCUGUCAUGUGUAGCCAUAGCCUACUAGAGACUUCUGGAGCGUCCCAUACCACUCAUACUAUCCAACUACAACAGAGCUGUAGUUUGUUUACCUUUCUAGAGUGCUGUACRAAAGUAAUUGCAAAACAAAUUAAAACUCAGUUCAGUAUCAGAUUUGAGGAGUGAUGGGUUUGAAUGGUUUGUUUGCAUUAGCCAUUUUUAAAGUUGUCUGUUUAAGCAUUUUUUUCUAUUAUUCACCAAAAAAAAGCCUGCCUGGCUUCUGAUGUCGAUCUGCAGUAUAYUUAAACAAUAAGAUGUUGUAAUGAAAUAGGGUUUAUUUUGGGUUUUGUCAUGAAGUUUGUCUUUCUCACCCUAAAGCACUAAGACUUAGAGUUUUGAUUUGACACAGGUAUCCAGACUCCAACUGCAGUCUUCAGAAUUUAUCCUUUAAAAAUGGGAUAUGGGGCAGUAGUGAUACUAGAUAAAAACUAUCUUCUGUCAAAAACAAUUACUUGUUUGUUGAGGAGUGAUGCUCACUUGAUAAACAAAAKAAUUUAAUGUGCAGAGAGAGAACUAAAGCUGGUAAGCCUCAUUUGUUUGGCUACUUCUGUGAAGCAUGCAGCUCUCUGAGGCAGCAAWCCUCCAAGUAUAACUCAUAAAUGGUGUUUAUUCUCAGUCAGAAAGUUUAGUAAUGAUGGAAGGCAGUGACUUACUAGUGGAAGUAGGCAAAAUGGCAUUGGUACACUAGGAAUAUAGGACAGUGCUUGUAACUGUUUCAGUGAACCAAACCUGUCAAGUACCAGAAGUGUUCUGCUGUAACUUUUUCUCUUCUCUGAAUUUUUACACCAGAAGCAAAAUGAAGUACAAUAGUGGUGUGCUCCAGUGUUGAGGUUUCUCAGAAUAAAUGCCAAAAAAUAGACCCAACAUCCAUAGGAGUUGCCAAUGGCAAGAAAAACAAGGGAACAAAGCCAAGCUUGCUUACAUGUGUGGGAGUACUGUGUAUGUGCAGAAGAUAAGGAUAGUUCAGGAAUCACCCAGUUGGGUUCCCUUUAACUAACUGCUGACUUGCUUUAAAUUUACUUSUCUGAGGYCAAUGCAGAUUUUGCUGUUGGCUUCAGUGGGGCUGGGGUUUCACCUGGUUCUUUUGUGCACAGACUAAAACUGGCCUUGCCCUUGCAGAGUUAACUGUCUAUAAAAAUUCUGCUAGAAGCUGCUAUUAAAGAGAGGGCUCAAGAGACUAUUCCUAAAGUUGGAGACUUCAUUUGGAAACAAAACCCCRCUGAAAGACUGAUACCAAUACCUUGGACUCUGAGCCAUGUAUCUUCCUUGAAAAUCCAUUGUUGCCAGCAAAACUGUUGUCACAAUUUUUGUGGRAUUCAUGAUAAAUGGACACGUCACUUGAUGGGGUAGAGAUGUGAAGUCUUAAAAUGCUUUUCCUGAUGCUCUAAAGAGACGGAGAUUGCUAAAGGACAUGAAUAGAAUUCUAGUCUCCUGUGUGAAGGGUAGAUGAGACUGUCCAUUGUACCACCUUUAUUUGAGGUUUUUGGGCAUGAAUUCUGGCAGUUCAAGAAAACCCUGUAAAAGUUUCAAAUCAAAUAAAAUGGAAAUAUACAUGGA